CCAUUAAACUAAUUCACAACCAUACCCUAUAUCUCCAGCUGCUAGCUUUCAGAUUAGUUUUUUUUCUUUUACAAAACAAGAAACAAUGGCUCUACAAAUUAGACAAGUACUGCUAGCCCUAUACUGCAUAACCAUUUUCUCUUUAUUCUCACGUUACAACUUUUUGAAAGACCAGAACCCACCUUCUUCUUAUAAUUACUUUGAUCAUCAAGUGUUAGAUGCCGCUGGCUAUGAUCCACAAGCAUACCCUUCAUAUUUCAGCACCAUUGAAGAUGACAAGUUUAAGGAUUCGAUCAGACCAAGGGCUGAAGUUAUUAGCCUCCAGAGAUUAGGUAUCACAUCAACUUCAGCUAAAGCAGUUAAUGUCGAUGAUUUUGGAGCUACUGGGGAUGGAACUGAUGACACUGAGGCAUUCGAGAAGGCAUGGGAGGAAGCUUGUUCGUCAAAGGGUGCAGUUGUUGUUGAGGUGCCCGAAGGAAAGAGCUAUCUUCUUAAGCCUAUUAGAUUUUCAGGUCCCUGCAAAUCUAAUCUUACAAUCCAGAUAUAUGGAACUAUAGAAGCAUCUGAUGAUAGAGCAGACUACAAGGAAGAUAGAAGACAUUGGCUUAUCUUUGAUAGCGUUGAUAAUUUGUUAAUUGAAGGUGGUGGGACUGUCAAUGGCAAUGGGAAGAUAUGGUGGCAGAACUCUUGCAAAAUUAACAAACAUCUUCCAUGCAAGGAUGCACCAACGGCACUCACCUUUUACAAUAGCAAAAACUUGAAAGUGCGAAACUUGAACAUCCGAGAUGCACAACGAAUUCAUGUUUCCUUUGAACAAUGCACCAAUGUUCAAGCUUCUCGUCUGACAGUAACAGCCCCAAAGAAAAGUCCUAACACUGAUGGGAUUCAUGUCACACAUACUCAAAACAUCCAGAUCACAAACUCUGUCAUAGGGACUGGUGACGAUUGUAUCUCCAUUGUAAGUGGAUCAAAAAAUGUGCAUGCCAUGGACAUAACUUGUGGCCCUGGUCAUGGAAUCAGUAUCGGGAGCUUGGGGUCAGGAAAUUCAAAGGCUUAUGUUUCCGGUGUGACUGUUGAUGGAGCUAAGCUUUCUGGAACCACAAAUGGAAUGAGGAUCAAGACUUGGCAGGGAGGGUCAGGAAGUGCAAGCAACAUCAUAUUUCAAAACAUUGAAAUGUAUAAUGUGUCCAAUCCCAUCAUCAUAGAUCAAAACUACUGUGAUCAAGAUAAACCGUGCAAUAAACAGAGCUCUGCAGUUCAGGUGAAAAAUGUGGUGUACAAGAACAUCAAAGGGACUAGUGCUUCUGAAGUGGCAAUAAAAUUUGAUUGCAGUAGCAGUCAUCCAUGCCAAGGGAUUUUGCUACAAAAUGUUAACUUGCAGGAACAACGAGAUAAAACAACCAAAGCUAUCUGCAACUAUGUUAAAUUGAGUGAAGGGAAAGCUGUUUCCCCACAAUGCCCUUGACCUCAGAGGAAUGGAUAUCAAUCAGGAGAUUAGCCUUGACAUGUAAAAUACUAUAUAUAAAAUGUAUGUCAAUAACACAAUCCAGAUUAUUUGUUCAGGAGUCCACUCAGCAGUUCAGUUUGCAGAUAAGGACAAAUGAAGAAAUCACUAGAACUGCUUGGAUCCUCACUUACAAGUUACAAACUUGCAGAGAUUGUUUCUCAUUACAAUGGCUGGGCUGACUCUAUAAAUUAGUACUAUUUAUUUGGAAAUAGAUAUGGAAGAUUGUUAAUUUGAUGCAGGAUAUACUGUAAUAACAUU